CAUCACGUGUCUUUUCACUUGACAAGUUUUCACGUCGCAUGAAACGAUGCAACUCUUUGUUAAGUGAAGUGAUGAGAAAAUCGUUACAACACCAGCUUUGCUUAAUUUAAUAGUCGUCGUAACCUCGUCUUUUGAUACUUGUUCCUUUAACGAGCUGUUAAUAGCUCGCCGGGGGGGGAUUCUCUCAUUCCGUAGUCGGCUAACGUUAGCGUGUUAGCUCCAACACGCCUGACGAACAUGUCGCUGCACGGCAAAAGAAAAGAAAUCUACAAAUACGAGGCGCCAUGGACGGUCUACGCCAUGAACUGGAGCGUCCGCCCGGACAAACGCUUUCGCCUGGCGCUGGGGAGUUUCGUGGAGGAAUACAAUAACAAGGUCCAGCUGGUGGGUCUGGAGGAGGAGAGCUCGGAGUUCGUGUGCAGGAACACCUUCGACCACCCGUACCCGACCACCAAGAUCAUGUGGAUCCCGGACACCAAGGGCGUUUACCCGGACCUGCUGGCGACGAGUGGGGACUACCUGAGGAUCUGGAGGGUCAGCGACACAGAAACGCGUCUUGAAUGUUUGCUGAAUAACAACAAGAACUCGGACUUCUGUGCUCCCCUCACCUCCUUCGACUGGAAUGAAGUGGAUCCCAAUCUGCUGGGAACAUCCAGCAUUGACACCACCUGCACAAUCUGGGGGUUGGAGACCGGUCAGGUGUUGGGGCGAGUUAACCUGGUGUCCGGCCAUGUGAAGACCCAGCUGAUCGCUCACGACAAAGAGGUCUAUGACAUUGCAUUCAGCCGUGCAGGAGGCGGUAGAGAUAUGUUUGCCUCCGUGGGAGCUGAUGGGUCCGUCCGCAUGUUUGACCUCCGACAUCUGGAGCACAGCACCAUCAUCUAUGAAGACCCGCAGCACCACCCGCUGCUCCGCCUCUGCUGGAACAAGCAGGACCCCAACUACCUGGCCACGAUGGCCAUGGACGGCAUGGAGGUGGUCAUCCUGGAUGUUCGCGUGCCCUGCACUCCUGUCGCCCGGCUAAACAACCACCGCGCUUGUGUUAACGGCAUUGCCUGGGCCCCUCACUCCUCCUGUCAUAUCUGCACUGCAGCCGACGACCACCAGGCCCUGAUCUGGGACAUCCAGCAGAUGCCCCGUGCCAUCGAAGACCCCAUCCUGGCCUACACUGCCGAGGGCGAGAUCAACAACGUGCAGUGGGCGUCCACGCAGCCCGACUGGAUCGCUAUCUGCUACAACAACUGCCUGGAGAUCCUGCGGGUCUGAAGCUGAGUAGAAGGAGCUCCAGCCGCUUCUCGGCUGGACUUUUGUCGUCCUCGUCCCUCCUUCUCUCAAGACAGCGAUGAGGCAAUGAGUGAACUCUCUGAACAUGUUUGGAGUAUUGCAUACAUACUCUGCAAUAAUCUGGUUUACAUUUAUCAUCCACGUUUUUGGCUCGACUGCUCUCCAACUAAACAUGUUUGAAGCUCUUAUUUAUUUUGGUUAACCAGCAGGUUUCAGCAGCUGGAUGAAGCGUCAGUGCUCUCAACCUCACAGCUGUUGUGUAUAAAAGUCAACUUUUAUAUUUCUUGGUGUAAUUUCAGCCAGCUGUGAGAUUAUCUCGAAGGGUUUUACAUUUCAUCUGUUUAAUUUGUUGAGGUUGGUGGUUGAAUAUGACCUCUCUAAAGUGUAGGAUUAUAUCGUACCCUUCUUGUGGAUGCAUAACGUAUUAUUGUUAAAUCAAGGUUCAAACUAUCGUAGUCUCGUUUACUUAUGUGGCUAUUUAAGCUGUAAACAAAAAAAAAAAAUCAAACCACCUUCUCUCUGGGUGGUUUUCAGUGCUCAGACGUGAUCUGUGCAACUUUUGAAAAAUGUAAAAUAACCUGCGAGGGAUUCAUGUCACUGCAGUGGUGUCUGUCACCUUUAGUUUUGCUCGUGACGCUGUGAGACAGCCAUGUACAGAACCUACCAGAGCACUGUUCUUAAGCCUUUUUAGCUCCCUAAUUAUUCACCUUUUCUCUCUUUAUUUGUAGAUAAAGCUUAGAGGUUUCUUUGGUAGUGGAAGCAACUUUGAAUCUUUGCCUUUCUUUUUUUGUUGUGUUCAAUAACGAAAGGGUCAUGUCCUUGUAGCAUGCCAUUACAAGGCGGAAUGUACAUACAUAUAAAUAAAACAACCUCAGUUGUUGGUAUGCCAAGUGUUCACGUUGUAGCUUUUUUCAUAAAGUUUAUUAUUGAAUUUGCUCUAAUAAAUUGUAUUCCUCCUUGUCUGAAACUAA